GUAAUCAGACUAAAUAAAACGACGUGUCAGAACCUGUGCCUUCAGACCCACUGCAACCAUGAAGCUUCUGCUGUGUACCUUCUUCCUGGUGCUCCUGUGUAGCGCCUCUGUGUAUUCUCUGCAAUGCUACACAUGUCAGACUGAGGAUUGCAAGACUCCUACAGAAUGUCCUGCAUCCAGCCACUUCUGCAAAACUGUCUCAUCACCUAAUGGAUUCUCCCGGACAUGCGAGGAGUUCUGCGUGCCUGACGUGAACACCUACUGCUGUGAGGAAGACCUGUGCGUCUGAGGAGCAGCUCAUAAUUGCCAUGUAGCUGGACAAGAAUGCAAUAAUCAAAAUAAUAACGCAUAAUCUCACAAUAUGUGUAUUAACUGACUCAAGUGAUUUAAAUGAAUAAAUAAAAAUCAACAACUUUAA